GCCGCGGGUGCGGUUUUGACAGACCCGGAAAUGCACCAAUAGUUACCCUCAGAAAGUGGUGCCGUGUCCGCCUUUGCUGCUGCGUUGUUGAAGGAAGUGAAGUCUGUCAAAUAUGAGUUUCCACGGCCAGGGCUAUCCAGUGGGAGGCCACCCACCACCUGGUGCUCCAUACGGGGGAGGCAGUGGUCCCUAUGGUCAUCACCCUUCAGCUCCAUACGGUGGUGCAACACAUCAACCAGGAGGUCCUUAUGGUGCUUACGGAGCCCCAGGUCAGGGAGGGCAGUAUGGGCCGGCACCAGGGGGUCCCCCCGGCGGUCAUUAUGGAGGUUACGGGGGACAGCCUCAUGGAGGACAGCCUCAUGGAGGGCAUUAUGGACACCAUGCUCCUGCAGGUAACAUCCCUCCUGGUGUUAACCCAGAGGCGUACCAGUGGUUCCAGACUGUCGACACUGACCACAGCGGUUUCAUCAACCCAAAGGAGCUGAAGCAGGCGCUUGUCAACUCCAACUAUUCUGCUUUUAAUGACGAGACCUGCCUCAUGAUGAUCAACAUGUUCGACAAGACGCGGACCGGUCGAAUAGACUUGUUUGGCUUCUCGGCACUGUGGGACUUCAUACAGCGGUGGAGGGCGCUCUUUCAGCAGCAUGACAGAGACCGCUCAGGGUCUAUCAGUGGCAUGGAGCUACAGCAAGCCCUCGCUCAGAUGGGCUACAACCUGAGCCCCCAGUUUUCUGAGAACUUGGUGCGCCGCUUCGCCGUGCGAGGCGAACGACCCGGCAUCCAUCUGGACCGCUUCAUCCAAGUGUGCACCCAGCUCCAGUCCAUGACGCAGGUGUUCAGGGAGAGAGACACGGCCAUGACGGGCAACAUCCGCCUCAGCUAUGAGGACUUCCUGUCUGGAGCUGUCACCAGGCUCAUGUGAGCCUCGUUCCUCUGACAGACCCGCUGCACUGUGGAUUCACAGUAUCAUUCCAUGUUCAGGUCAUGAUUUUGCUGAGUUUUUAUUUCUUUCCCAUAAGUGCCCAAACCUGUUGGUAUGUAUACAACAUAUCAGCCAGUACACCUUAUUCCAUAGCUAGUUGCUGUAAGUAGAUGCCUUAUGCCAUGCACCUGACUGAAGUUCAGUGGCUGUUACUAAGGUUAUAACAUCAGUCACCUUUAAACAGCGAUAAUCUUGCCAUAGAUGCCUUGGUGACAGUUAUCAGGCCUCUUUUUGACUCUUACCAGUACAGUACUUGAUCAAAAUGAUGGCUAGUUUAAAUGAGAAACAGGGAGCACUUGUUUACAUGUGUUUGUUGACCAGACUAACCAAACAUCACUGUAAACACUUGAUGUGAGGAAGUAACAUAGAGUAAGUGAAUCCAUCAGUGAUCAUUUUCACUGCUCCUACUGCAUGACAGUGAUUCUGCUGGACUUCAAUUCACAUCCUCUGACUUUGCUCACAUGCAGCAUGAUCAUAUAUCAUUGAAAUGAUUUUAAACUCUCUUUUAUAAGUAUGCAUAUCAGGAGUAGUCGGCAUUCCCAGAGGGUACUACUACACAGUGGCUGCACAUUGUAUUGAACUUUGCUUUGUGUUGAAAUGGGUCUUAUUAAGCAAAACAAGGGCCAUUUUAUAGUAUCAGAAUUCUCUCACACACUGAGAAGGAAGUUUUCCUUUAAGCUCUGUAACUAAUUGAUUCUGAAUGUUUAGAUAAAAUGACUUCAUUAUCUCCUUCUUGCCAAGUUGCACUCCUGUGAGCCAGCAUCAACCGUAAAUAAUUGAAUAACAUGUGGCCAAAAGAUAAGUGACCCAGAAGCACUGAAAGGUGUUACAUAUUAUGUUUACCACUUUCACCUCAGUGAAAUGAGAGAUUCAGUGAUUGUCGGGCCAGUACUUAAGCACUCCACUGAGGCUCUGCGAUCAGUAAACAUGCCAAAAUGGUUUGUGAUGCCAAAAACAAAUAAAUGCUUUUGUAUCACAUUCUGAC